GCGCUCAAGUAUGCACCAUGAAGCGUAAAAGGCAUCGAGGUGGCGUCACUGAAGUCGUCAAACGUACUGGAAUCUGCAAAGACACCACAGAAGGCAACCACCAAUCCACUCCGUCUGUCCUCCGGCUAUACUAUCCUCAAGUCUUGACGCUGCGAGAAUACCUCUCGCAAGCCACAACAUCGAAGAACAAAAAGCGGCAGAUUCUCAAUUACGGUUCUAAUACCGUGGAUAUAUCACAAGAGGCCAAUUUGGAUCUUGCUAAGCUCCUGGACAUUGUCUUGGUCGGAUGCCAUGAUGUCAAGCAAGAAGAGCAUGAUCUCGUCGACUAUCAGAACGACCUCAGCAUCUUCUCGACUCAAGUGUCUGGAUCCACAGCCAGGUCCACUGGCUCACAAGUACCACUCGCCUUCUCUGAGAUAGUCGAGUUCGCAAUAUGGCAGUUGUUUCGUAAGCAUACAUCUGGGCAUCGACCGCCACAUGUUCUUUGUCAUGGAUACUAUCACGACGGCCUUGGAGCUGUCAGAGCAUCGGCGAAAGCCAAUGCGGAAGAUGAUUGUGAGCCUUUAUCACAUAAUCGGAACGAACAUGUGAACAGGCUCAAGGGAGAAGAUUGGGCAGGUCUACCGACAUUGGUUGGCACGAGAGGUACUAUCGCAAUUGUCAAGCUCCUACAAGAUUGUGGCAUGUACAUGCCUCUGGAAGGUGGCAAAAAUAAUCAUAUGCAGAUCAGCGGUGUUGAUCUUUCUGAGCUAAGGUCUCUUGACAAACACAAUCCUGCAGGCGGUCCCAAGCAGAACGGUGGAGCUGUAUCGGCAGUCUCGAAUGUCAACAAGGAUAAGAUACCACAGAGGCGAGAGGCCAACACACUCAAUACAAUCCGACAUCCUCAAUCGUGUCCAGCAUGUCGAAGAUGAGAAUAAGAACGCCCACCUCUUAAAAUAUGUCUUCCCACGACAGUU